AUGAGGAAGUCUACAAAGAAAUCCUUGUAUGGUUUGAGACAAGCUUCUCGGCAAUGGUAUGCAAAGCCAUCUCAGUCUCUUUGUUCUAGAGGGUACACUCAUUCUUUGAAUGACUAUUCAUUAUUUUUCAAAAGAACUGCUGCUUCCUCUGUUUUCAUUGUUGUCUAUGCGAAUGAUAUCAUCCUCACUGGAAAUGAUAUAGCUGAAAUUACUGCCUUAAAGAGUUUUCUGGAUGCUGAAUUUAAGAUCAAGGAUUUGGGCCACCUUAACUAUUUUCUUGGCAUUGAGGGGCUUUAUCAUUCAUCAUGGGUUCUUCUACACCAAAGAAGAUUUAUCUCUGACCUAUUGACUGAGUUUAAGUGUUCAGAUGUCUCUCCUGUUGUGUGUCCUCUUGCUUUGUCCACCAAGUUACAUUCUGAGGCUGGGGAUGUCUUGCCUAGGCCUGAUACUUAUCGGAGCUUUAUUGGUAAACUCAAUUUUCUCACUCAUACUAGGCUCGAUUUAUUUUUUGCUGUGCAACAUCUUAGUCAAUUUCUUAAGACCCCUCGAGUUCCUCAUAUGGAAGCUGCAUUAUAUGUUUUAAGGUACUUAAAGGGUACUCCUGAUAUUGGUGUUUUUUUGAACAAUUCUUCUAAUCUUUCUCUCCAUGGCUACUGUGAUAGUGAUUUGGCAGCAUGCCCUGAUACUCGCAAGUAUGUUACUGGUCUCUGUGUUUCUUUUGGAGGUAGUUUAAUAAGCUGGAAGUCUAAGAAACAGCAGGUGGUGUCUCUCUCUUCCGCUGAAGCAGAAUACAAGGCCCUAAGUAAAUUUGGGGCUGAAUUGUCUUGGUUGGCUCGUUUGUUUUCUGAUCUAGGUAUGCCUCUAUCAGCACCUAUACCUGUUAUUUGUGACAGUAUGGCUGCGAUUCAUAUUGCUAAGAAUCCGGUAUUUCACGAGCGCACCAAACACAUUGAGCUCGAUGGCCAUUUCAUUCGCACUAAGUUGGCUGAUGGUUUAAUAUCUUUAAGUCACAUUCAUACUGCUUCCCAGCCAGCUGAUGUAUUCACUAAGUCUCUUGCAGAUGUUUACAAUCCGUUAAAAGCUCGCACUUUCCAUGCCACUACGUUAAACAUUUGGCCCAUCUAUGCCAUUAUUUGA